AUGCCUUUCGCGCAAUUAGUUAUCGGGGCGCCUGGCGCGGGCAAGUCUACCUACUGCGAUGGCAUGCAACAGUUCAUGUCCGCUAUCGAGCGCAAAUGCUCCGUGGUCAACCUCGACCCCGCCAACGACCACGUCUCCUACCCCGUUGCGCUCGACGUGCGGAAUCUAGUCACGCUGGAGGAGAUCAUGGAGGCUGAAGAGCUGGGGCCGAAUGGAGGAGUGCUGUACGCGUUGGAGGAGCUGGAACACAACUUUGAGUGGCUAGAGGAGGGCUUGAAGGAGCUAGGAGAUGACUACGUACUCUUCGACUGCCCAGGCCAAGUCGAGUUGUUCACGCACCACUCCUCACUCCGCAACAUCUUCUUCCGUCUUCAAAAGCUCGGGUACAGACUCGUAGUCGUAUCUCUGACAGACUCUUAUGUCUUGACCCAACCCUCCCUCUACAUAUCCGCGCUGCUCCUCGCCCUGCGCAGCAUGCUGCAGAUGGACCUGCCUCACCUGAACGUCCUGACCAAGAUCGACAAUUUACACACCUACCCCGCGCUUCCCUUCAACCUAGACUUCUACACCGAGGUGCAAGAGCUCGACUAUCUCCUACCCUACCUCUCCGCCGAACAAACAUCCCGCUUCGGUCCGACGUCCACAAGCCCCGCCGCCCCGCCUCAAGACUCCAAAUUCGCCUCCCUAAACAAAGCAAUCGUCGAGCUAAUCGAAGAGUUCGCCCUCGUCGGCUUCGAGACCCUCGCAGUCGAGGACAAGAAAUCAAUGACCAUGCUUCUCCGCGCCAUCGACCGGGCCUCAGGCUACGUGUUCGGCAAGGAAGGCGCUAACGAGACCGUCUGGGGCAUCUCGAUGCGUAAUGACGCGGUCACUAUGGAUAUUAGAGACGUGCAGGAACGGUGGAUUGAUCGGCGGGAGGACUUUGAUGAGAUGGAGAGGAGGGAGUGGGAGGAGCAGGGGAGGAGGGAGAGGGGGAUUGAUGCUGAGAGUGGAGGGGAUGGUGGUGUGGAGGAUGGGAGGGAUGGGAGGGGAGGUGAUGGGGAAGAAGGAGCAGAAGGAAUGAGGGAGACGGUGGAGGAAGACGACGAUAUGGAGGCGAUGCAGAGGGAGUUUGAGGCUGCGAAAGCCAAGGAGAAGGCUAGUGGGGGUGGGAGUGGCAUCAAGAUUGUGAGGAAGCGUUAG